ACAUCAAUCAAUUAAUGGGUAAUAGGCCCAUACUGUUUGACUCAUAUUAAAUACACAGUGAGAGACUGUUCUAGAAUGUUAAGUAAACAAGUAGAAAACAAAAAGAAGACACACCUAAUCAGAAAAAUGUGGACCAACCUGUUUAGCAACAUCACUUAGUGGAGGUGUUUUGGUGAAAAUGCCCUACAUGGGCCAAUCUAAUUCAUUUAGCUUCCAGCAAGGGCAGCUACAGCACUAGGUAUUGCUUCUGUUUUUUUAUACUGAUUCCCAGCGCUAACCACAGGACCUGCGAAGGAACACAGUCCGGUGUAAAGCCUCUUGCUGUCUGACUCAAAUUCCUCCAGUCCCGUCAUGUCUGACAAGUGCGGGGCAUGAAAAAUGGGGCUCAUCCAGCCAAAGCAGUUCUGCAAGGCUCCACAAGUAGUUCUGAUAGGCCUGGACUCAGCCGGGAAGUCCACGUUGCUCUACAGGCUCCAGCGAGGGGUUGUCAUGGGAACCUCUCCUACCAUAGGCUUCAACGUUGCGCAGUUGCCACUGGGCAAGAAAAUGGCGCUCACCAUCUGGGAUGUAGGUGGCCAGGAAAGCAUGCGACCCCACUGGAAGCACUACCUCAAGGACUGCGAGGCAGUGGUGUUCGUGCUGGACGCCAGUGACCACGCUCGUGUGGACGAAGCCCGGAAGGCUCUGAAGAAGGUCCUGAGAGACCGGAACACCAGGGACGUCCCUCUGCUGGUGCUGGCCAACAAAUCGGACCUGCCGAACUCGCUGACGAUCGGUGACGUGUCCAAGCAGCUGGAUCUAGACAGUUAUACUGACAGGGUCUGGGAGGUCCAGCCAUGCAGUGCUCUGAACGGCCUGGGAGUCCAGCAAGCUUUCCUGUCUGUGGCCAGGCUGAUUCAGAAAAACUGAGAGACAGGGUCAGGAACUGCACUGAUGUGGUUUCCGCCAUAUAGGUGCAACCAAUACUCAGGUAUUCUUUGGAUGUUGAAAUAGCAGUAACGAAGACAGUACCCUACCAAGGAAGAGGAGUUAAACAGUUUGAACGUGAUAUGACUGAAAGAUGGAGAUGGAAUAGAGAACUGGGUGAGGUUGUUUAUUGGAAAUGCUUCAUUGUUGUGUGUGUAAACAGAGUUCACCAAGGGAAAUAUACAGGAAGGACACACGGGCAGGACUGCAAACUACUGAGAGACAAAACCUAACAGGCGUUAUGGUGAGAUUUAUUUAAAUCCAAAAGGUAAUACCUGAGCCUACUUAAUUAAAUCGUAUUACUAAAUACUGCUCCAACAGCCAAAUGUUUAGACUGUACCUAUUAAUAACCUACCAGUAAUAUACACAUGAAAUUAAACAGUGUUAUUACAUCAUAAAACUGAUAUGCAGUUCAAAUGUGUCCGUGCGAGAACGCUGAGGAGUAGUGGUGUAACUGGAAGUGUCUGUUCAGCUAAUGUCCUGUCUUCAGGUUCGUCCCACAUACAAACUCAUUCACUGGCUAAUACUUUGAUCACAAACAGUAUUGUAGAAAGCAGCCCAGGAAAGAAAAGCGGCAAAUCUGAUCAC